AUGGCCAUCAAGAAACUCUCGCUGCUCGCAGCAGUGAGCUCCGUCUCGGCAUUCGUCUCAUCUCCGAUUGUCGGCAGCCAACAUCCUCUCGGAUGGCCAUUGUCCUCUGGCAAAUCCAACUUCAAAUGCGACUUGUCACCAGUCCUGGAUCCUUCUAAGGAUGGUCUGCCAUCGGCCAAGGAGUUAUUCUCGUCCAAAGACGCCCUCAACAAGCAAGUCAAGAGACACCAAGCGGUGGUGCGCGUGCCCUCGAUAUGCUACGACGAUCUCGGCUCUUUUGAGGAGGACGAGCGCUGGAAGCCGUUUUACAAGCUUCACGAUGUAUUGGCUGAGACAUAUCCUGUUGUACACAAGCGUGCAAAGCUCGAAAAGGUCAACACCUUUGGCCUGGUCUACACCAUCCAGGGAUCCAACAAGGACCUCAAGCCCAUGCUGCUGGCAGCUCACCAGGAUGUCGUGCCGGUCGCCGAUGCAAAGACCUGGACUCAUCCUCCCUUCUCUGCGCACUGGGAUGGCGAAUGGCUCUGGGGCCGUGGCUCAAUGGACGACAAGGACAGUCUGACGGCCAUCAUGUCCACCAUGGAGACCCUGCUGUCGGAUUCCAAGUGGAAACCCACUCGUACUAUUGUUCUUGCAUUUGGUUUUGACGAGGAGUGCUCUGGAUACCGUGGUGCCGGCCACAUUGCGAAACACCUGGAGGCUCGAUAUGGAAAGAACGGCAUUGCGAUCGUCUUAGACGAGGGUGGCUUGGGAAUGACACAAGUUGGCGAUGUUUUGUAUGCUCUUCCCGGAGUGUAUGAAAAGGGACACAUUGACAUCUGGUUCGAGCUGCAUGUUGUUGGAGGACAUAGUUCCGUCCCUUUCCCCCAUACCGGAAUUGGUAUCAUUUCCGAGAUCGUCACCACUCUCGAGUCGCACCCUUACCAGCCAAAAUUGAUCAAAGAUGGCCCUAUCCACCAGCACCUCAUGUGCCAGGCGCGAUACUCACCGAAUGAUUCGCCCGAACUUACCAAGUUGCUCGGAAAGGGCGAUCUCGAAGGGGUCGCCAAUUUCAUGGCCGACGCCAGCUUGAUGACCAAGUACAUGAUUCAGACCUCUCAAGCAGUGGACUUUAUCCGCGGUGGACAAAAGAUUAAUGCCAUGCCCGAGGUUACCACUCUGGGCGUCAACUACCGCGUGGCUCCUCAAGACAGCCUUACCUUGGUCCAGCACAAUGUUGUCAAGUAUAUCAAGGAUAUCGUAUCGAAGUACGGCCUCAAGGUGAAGGCCUUUGAGGGAGACAAAGAGUAUGAGGACUAUCUCGCUGAACACGAUCACGAACUUCUCAUCAGCUCUACUGACGAUGAGGUGGACUACAACGGAACGUUGGUAAUUCAGGCCAAGGAAGCUAGCAAGCCCAGCCCCAUUUCUCCUUCUACUGGUGCAGUUUGGGAUGUCCUUGCCGGAACUAUUCGCCACACCUUUGCCUUUGACGGCACCGUUGUCCCUACUGGUGAGACUAUGACGGGAAACACCGACACCCGCCACUACGUCAAUCUUACUCCCAAUGUCUACAGAUGGACUCCCAUUACACGAGACUCCACUGAGGGCAUCCACACCAUUGAUGAACGCAUCCGCAUGGACCACCACAUGGAGAUGGUGCAGUUCUACUACAAUCUCGUGCGCAACUUUGACGCAGCUGAUGCGUAA